CAAUUUGUCAACUGUAUUAGUGCUGGCAAAUUUGAUCUUCCAAACCCAUCACGAAUCCUUCGAAUUUUUCUCAAAAUUAAAAAAAAAAACCCUAAAUUCUUAAUUUUUUGUUGUUGUUGAACUUUCCCUCGUAAAACAACAACAAAAAAUGGAUCAAAUUUCUUGAGUAGCAAUUUUGUUUGGUGCAUUCUCAGAUGGCGCGACAGAUGACGUCAUCACAGUUCCACAAAUCAAAGACUCUCGACAACAAAUAUAUGCUGGGAGAUGAAAUUGGUAAAGGCGCUUAUGGUCGAGUUUAUAUAGGAUUGGACUUGGAGAAUGGAGACUUUGUAGCCAUUAAACAAGUCUCUUUGGAAAAUAUUGUUCAAGAGGAUCUUAACACCAUUAUGCAAGAGAUCGAUCUCCUAAAGAACUUGAACCAUAAAAACAUUGUCAAGUAUCUUGGAUCUUUGAAGACAAAGACCCACCUUCACAUUAUUCUGGAAUACGUCGAAAAUGGCUCUCUCGCAAACAUUAUUAAACCAAAUAAGUUUGGACCUUUCCCAGAGUCGUUGGUGACUGUUUACAUUGCACAGGUCUUGGAAGGUUUAGUAUAUCUGCAUGAGCAGGGUGUCAUACAUCGUGAUAUCAAGGGUGCAAAUAUUUUGACAACAAAGGAGGGUCUUGUUAAGCUUGCUGACUUUGGUGUUGCCACUAAACUAAAUGAGGCUGAUUUUAACACUCACUCAGUGGUCGGAACUCCUUACUGGAUGGCUCCUGAGGUUAUUGAAUUGUCAGGAGUUUGUGCUGCUUCUGACAUUUGGAGUGUUGGAUGCACUAUUAUUGAACUUUUGACAUGUGUACCUCCUUACUAUGAUCUGCAACCCAUGCCAGCUCUCUAUCGCAUUGUUCAGGAUGAUACCCCUCCUAUUCCGGAUAGUCUUUCUCCUGACAUUACAGACUUCCUACGACUGUGCUUCAAGAAGGAUUCCAGGCAGAGGCCUGACGCAAAGACACUUCUCUCUCACCCUUGGAUACGUAACUCCAGACGAGCGUUGCGGUCAUCCCUUCGGCAUAGUGGAACCAUCAGAUAUAUGAAGGAACCCUGUUCAAGCUCAGAGAAGGAUGAUGAAGGUAGUCAAGAAGCAGCUGAAAGCCUUUCAGCAGAAAAAAUGGAGAUGACUAAAACUAACUCGAGAAGCAAAUUACCGGUGGUAGGUGUGGCUAGUUUUAGGUCUGAGAAGGAUCAAACUUCACCUGAUCUUGAUGAAGAAGGAACGGAUUCCGAAGGUGCUCUUUCUCAUAUUUCUUCAGAUGCAAACGGGACAUCUCAAGAUGUAUUAGAGAAUCAUGAGAAAUCCGAACGUGAUGAAAUACCGGGAAAUCUAGAAAGUGAAGUUUCUGAAGGUAGAAGAAAUACUUUAGGAACAAAGCAGAUUAGAAAAGAAUGUCCUAUCCAGUUGGAGCAGUUAUCGCAUAGCCAAAAAGGUGAAGAUGGGCGUCGAAAGGCUGUGAAGACAUCAUCUAGUUUUGGUGGGAAUGAACUGAUUAGAUUUAGUGAUCCUCCUGGGGAUGCUUCUUUGCAUGAUUUGUUUCAUCCACUGGAUAAAGUUCCUGAGGGAAAACCAAAUGAAGCCUCAACAUCAAUGCCUACGACAAAUGUGAAUCAGGGUGAUUCUCCUGUUGCAGAUGGUGGAAAGAAUGAUCUGGCGACAAAAUUGAGGGCUAGAAUUGCUCAGAAGCAAAUGGAGGGUGAAACGGGGCAUUCACAAGAUGGUGGUGAUCUUUUCCGCUUAAUGAUGGGUGUUUUGAAAGAUGAUGUUAUUGACAUUGAUGGCUUGGUAUUUGAUGAAAAAGUCCCCGCGGAAAAUCUUUUUCCUCUGCAGGCAGUCGAGUUCAGCAGAUUGGUGAGCUCCUUAAGGCCAAAUGAAUCAGAAGAUGCAAUUGUAUCUUCCUGUCAGAAACUUGUUGCCAUGUUUCGUCAAAGACCUGGGCAGAAAGCAGUAUUCGUGACACAGCAUGGUUUCCUCCCUCUAAUGGAUCUACUUGAUAUUCCAAAAUCUCGAGUAAUACAUGCCAUGCUGCAGUUGAUAAAUGAAAUCAUAAAAGAUAACACCGACUUCCUGGAAAAUGCUUGUCUCGUUGGUCUCAUUCCUGUGGUAAUGAGUUUUGCUGGUUCUGAGAGGGAUCGUUCUCGAGAAAUUCGUAAGGAAGCAGCGUACUUCUUGCAGCAGCUUUGUCAGUCAAGCUCCUUGACGUUGCAAAUGUUCAUAGCUUGCCGUGGAAUACCUGUUUUGGUGGGAUUUCUUGAAGCAGAUUAUGCCAAACACAGGGAGAUGGUACACUUGGCUAUUGAUGGGAUGUGGCAGGUAUUUAAACUCAAAAGAUCCACCCCGAGAAAUGAUUUCUGUCGUAUGGCUGCAAAGAAUGGAAUUCUUCUUAGGCUAGUCAACACUCUUUAUAGCUUGAGUGAGGCAACUCAACUGGCUUCUAUGUCAGGGGACUCAUUGAUUGUGGAUGGUCAAACACCACGAGCACGCUCUGGUCAACUCGACCCUAACAAUUCUAUUUUUAGUCAGCGUGAAACUUCACUCAGUGUGAUUGAUAUUAUGGAUGAGUUGAAAACUAGGCAUGGAGGUGGUGAAGAGCCUUCCCAUGCUAUAACUUCAAAUUCUCGAAGAUCAGAUGUCCAUCAACCAGAUGCCUUGCACGCAGAUGGUGAUAGACCUAGACUAAGCAGUGUUGCCCCAGAUGCCAUAGAAGAUGUUAUAAAACAACAUAGGAUAUCUCUCUCUACCAAUAGAAUAUCAACAGAUAAGCUUCAGAAACUGGCGGAGGGUGCAUCUAAUGGUUUUCCUGUUACUCAGCCAGAUCAAGUUCGACCUUUGCUUAGCUUGUUGGAGAAAGAACCCCCUUCAAGAAAUUUUUCUGGUCAACUGGAUUACGCAAAGCAUAUCACUGGGAUAGAGAGACAUGAAAGUAGACUUCCUCUUUUGCAUGGAUCAAACGAAAAGAAAACCAAUGGAGACUUAGAUUUUUUAAUGGCUGAAUUCGCAGAAGUCUCUGGACGUGGGAAGGAAAACGGAAAUCUUGAUAUGAUGCCUAGAUAUGCCAGUAACGCAAUGACUAAGAAGGUUAUGGCUAUUGAAAGAGUCGCUUCUACGGGUGAGAUUGCAUCUCAGACAGCAUCUGGUGUACUGUCAGGUUCGGGUGUUCUAAAUGCUAGACCUGGAAGUACCACAUCUUCUGGUUUACUUGCCCAUAUGGUUUCUACACUGAGUGCAGAUGUUGCAAGGGCAUACUUGGAGAAAGUGGCUGAUCUGCUUCUUGAAUUUGCUCGAGCUGAUACGACAGUAAAAUCAUACAUGUGCAGCCAAAGCUUACUCAGUCGUCUGUUCCAGAUGUUCCACCGUGUAGAACCUCCUAUUCUGUUAAAGAUACUGGAGUGCACGAAUCACUUAUCCACGGAUCCAAAUUGCUUGGAGAAUCUUCAGCGUGCAGAUGCAAUUAAGCACUUGAUCCCCAACCUUAACCUUAAGGAUGGGCCUCUUGUUAAUCAGAUUCAUCACGAGGUACUUAGUGCACUAUUCAACCUCUGCAAGAUAAACAAGAGGAGGCAGGAACAAGCGGCUGAAAAUGGAAUCAUUCCUCACCUGAUGUUUUUCAUCAUGUCGGAUUGUCCUCUGAAACAAUAUGCAUUGCCACUACUAUGUGAUAUGGCUCAUGCAUCUAGGAAUUCUAGAGAGCAGCUAAGGGCCCAUGGCGGUCUGGAUGUAUACCUGAGUUUGCUCGAUGAUGAAUAUUGGUCAGUGAUAGCCUUGGAUUCAAUUGCUGUAUGCUUGGCGCAAGACAUUGACCACAAGGUGGAGCAAGCGUUUCUAAAGAAAGAUGCAAUUCAGAAAUUAGUUAACUUCUUCCAGAACUGCCCAGAGAGACAUUUUGUGCACAUACUGGAGCCAUUCUUGAAGAUUAUCACGAAAUCACCGUCUAUCAAUAAGACAUUAGCAUUAAAUGGAUUGACCCCAUUACUUAUUUCAAGACUAGACCACCAAGAUGCGAUUGCUCGACUAAACCUCCUGAAACUCAUUAAGGCUGUUUACGAGAAGCAUCCAAAGCCAAAGCAGCUGAUCGUAGAGAACGAUCUUCCACAGAAACUGCAGAAUCUGAUAGAAGAACGACGUGAUGGACAAAGUUCAGGAGGGCAAGUUCUGGUGAAGCAAAUGGCAACAUCUCUCCUCAAAGCACUUCACAUCAACACCGUCUUGUGAGUGUAUUACAUUAUACUCCCAUUUUUGCAGGAAGAAAUUUCACCCAGCAAAGUGUAUUAUCAUUUUCCCUAAUUUACAACAACAAGAGAUUUGUAAUUGUUGGGGUUGUGUGUCUCUCUUGUGUUGUUUUUUUUUUUACUUCUCGAGAGAUGCCAACACUUAGUGGUUUUUGUAAUAUAUUCCUCAAAAUAUAACUUUUUUGAGGAAUGCUUUUUU